AUGACGAGAGAGGUAGAGGAACUGGUGGGGGAGAUGAUAGAGCCGCAACACAUGUCGCCAUUGGCUUUCAAAACUCUGUUUUCUAGACCCUUCCUUCAAGAUAGAGACUGUAACAAGACAGAAGAAGGACUUGGAUAUAACGUUGAGUGCAUGGCUGACUUUGUAGGUGGAAUCAGCAGCUUCUCUGUCACUGUUAUUUCUUCACGUUACAAUCCAACAUUUCUCUUGCAUCGAAUAAACCAGUGCAUUGAUAAGUGUCGUGGCUUAUUGGAUGUUGACUACCAAACCCUUGAAGAGUACAAAAGGGGCGUACGCGAUCAAUUGGCAGUGGAAACUGGAGAAGAUAUAUGGAAUCUGAUAGAAGAGAAGAGAUUCGUGCGUGGUUCAGAAUUUCUAAUAUGGAAUGAAGUAGAAAGCAUCAAGCUAGAAGUUCUUAUGGAAUUUCACAAGAAAUUCUUCACAGAGUCAUCUCCUGAAUGCCGCAAGGCUGUGGUCUGCAUCUAUUGA